UCCAUUUUCUAAAAUGGCGACAAUCAACAAAAAAAAAAGAAAGUUGACUGUGACAGCCGACGCUUCAAGGAUAGGUAGAAAUUGGACUAUUUCUUCACUAAAAUACGCAACAACUGUGUCUUGCCUCAUUUGCAAAGACAGUCGCUGUUUUUAAAGAUUUCAAUGUGAGGCGAUAUUACCAAACAAGACAUGCUGACAUGUACGACAAGAUUACAGGGAUGAUACACAGCGAGAAAUUGAAGCAACUUGAAGCUAGUUUAAUUUCACAGCAGUAGUAUUUCGCAAGAGCCCGAGAGUCAAAAGAGAAUCCCGCAAAGGCUAGUUGCAAGAGUGUUGAAAUUAUUCAUUAAAAAAAAUAAUAAAGCAAAUGUAACACACUGAAUGGCUAGCUAAAUUUUGCUUAAAUAUAUUGGUCUACGUAAAGGACAUGAGACGAGGUCGGCCCCCCACAUUUUUAACACGCCAAAUCUGGCCCCCUUUGCAAAAAGUUUGGACACCCCUGUGUUAAAGGGUUAAUCAUCAUCCAGAGUGGGGGUAGUGUUACCGGCACCCCCAAGGGGUCGCUGUUACUUUUAUUGUGACCGGCGUUGUCAGUAUGGAGCAGCGAAAGAGAGUAUGGUAGAGCGAGAGGGCGUGAGAGAGUCGAGUUGGGAAAAAGUGCGCAGUUAAGUAGACUCCAGUGCUGUGUCCCCCAUGUUUUAUUUUUGUUAAUAAAGUGCCCAUAAAACGCCAUCCGACGCCUCUCGGUGUUGUUAAUUCCCGCCGUCGCCUUCCUGAAGAGGAGAUAGGACGAAACGAAGACAACCGACGACAACGAGCCAACGUGACUCGCCGGUCCACUUCUCACUACGGUGGGAAGUUGAAAGUACCGCCAAUUACCAGCCUGGAAGGGCGAAUUGGCAAACGAGAUGAGAGCGCGCCGGUCCGAAAGCUGGAAGGUCUCCUCAGGCCAAAGAUUGAGGCUGAGUUCAGACUCCUGUUCACUCAAGUACACGUGACUAAAGUCGCCUCUACAAUUUCAACCAAUUUGCUUCGCACGGAGAGUUUCCUGGACCCAAUUAGACAAUAUAUAAGCAACAUUGUCCAACUCGAGCUGCAAAAGGAAAAUGAUCGUUUGGCCUUGGAGCAAAAGACAAACCAACUCCUUGAGUUCUUUCCAAGGAAAGAAUACAAGACGGCUAUGGAUAUGAUUACUAAACUGUACCCACAGUCUGGCAGACUCUCUUGCAAGGAGACGAAAACAAGUCACGUCAUUUCACCGCUCGCGAAGAAAACACGCCAACAAGAAGAGAGUAGCAGCGUGGGCCACGGGAGGGGGGAGCGCAUCUGAGCCCUUCACUGUAGCUGAGGAGUUGGCCCUAGCCAACAAUAGUGGCAGGCCAAUUUCGGAGGGAGUGGAGGGGGUACAGUCCACCCCUGGUGCAGUGGAAAUGUCCACCCUCAAUGUGCGGGUUGAGGAUGAACACAUGGUGACCACUACUCCACCACCAUACAUGGGCAGUACAACUCGGCAGGAUGGAGAGGAUGACACACUGACAGCCACCUCUGACACCCCCAUGCAGGAGGACUUGCAACCGCCCAUGUUCCCCUCUGAUGCCUCCCUGCCAGGGACCUCUCAAUCCAAUAAGUCCUGUAGGCUGGAGUGGACAAUGUCCGAAGCCUGUACAAAAGAAUGCUGGAGUUGGAUUGCGAAAAGAAGAGGCUAGAGAUAAAAAACUCAAACUGGAGAUUGAAAAGCUGGAGCACGACAAAAUGCGCCAAGAUCACCACCCCAUUGGGAAGAAACUGAAUCACGACCCCCAAAUGCUAGUCUUCCCCUGCAGAUACAGGGAUGUCACACUGAUCCAAAUGGAAACAUCGAACACUGUGAAACCCACUGUGCAGACAGGACCAAUGGUGACAAGAUAAGACCAUGCCGAGCUUCAUGGACGGUUCAAACUCAUCCUGCCCAGGAACGGCUGAUACACAAACCACACACUCGCAUUAAUGUCCAGAUGCAAUCAAAGGCACAACGGAUAUAAACAACUGUAAAUUAAGUUCAUCAAACCAAUAGAAGUUGCUGCAUCUUCUCUUACCGGAGGAUUAGGUCAAUUAUAUACAGCCGGCAAAUUUGUCACCGAACCCCAAUUCCUUACAAGUGGUCCUUCGAACCCGGAUCCUGUUUAUAAUUGCACUAUGGCAACUUCUAGCAACUAUGGAGAAGAAACACCUGCAGUUUUAUCUCGUCCAAUUCGGCCUCAUCAACUUCCCAGACACCUACAUGACUUUGUAAUAGACAGCCCAUCCUAUCUGACCCGACGAGAGUCACCCCAGGUAAUGGAGGUUGAACAAGAGGAAUUUGCAGAAGAUGCUUCGCUGAUUGGGACAGAAGCAUUGGGGCUGGAAGGAAUGGAAGCACGUAUGAGAGACAUCGCUCGGCAAAUGACAGCUACAGUCAGCCAUGGACAGUGUCAAAGGUCAAACUCACCCUCCACGAAAUCAGUUCGACUCAUCAUAUCCUCGUCGGAUUUCUAGCCUUCCUCACAUUAAUGGAACCACCAGAACAUCCCCACUUAUGGAUAAUCAGAUGAGUUCGACAUCAGCUGAUUGAGGACAUCGUCAUCUACUAGACAACUACGAGCUUGGCCCGCCGACAACACAGUCCACACAUCAGCAAGAAAUCAGCUCAACGACUAAAGCUGUCCGAGCUCUGCAGCCGUCAGUUCAGGUAGCAGCACCUACGCUGGAUCUCGGUGAUCUCACUCGUCAUUCAGCUGCUCUAACCGGAUCAAGGCCGGAGUUUUCACAGCCAUAUUUAACGCAGUCUACUCAUCACACCCCACUUUCUCAGAGAGUAUUCACACCACCUCUACCCGUAAUGCAUACUGACCAGCAUAUCCAGCCAAUUCAUCACCCAGCUCAACCAAUAAUAAACCGGCCUGUAGCUCCACUAACAAGGCCACCUACUCUGUAUACUGCUCAGCCUGCAUCUCCGCAGCCUCAAGGCACACUACAGCCGAAUUAUCCUCAACACGUCCAGCAGCAGAUAACUUACUCACCUGGGCCGCAAUUAGGAUUCCAACCUCCUCCAAGACAAGUCUUCAGCACCAUUCCUCAGCAUCAGCCAGCGACUGAUCCAGCAUCUUAUUCAUUUCCACAAGCUGGAUAUCCCCCUGCUGGUCAACCACAGUUAUACAAGCCUGCCUCUCAGCCAGCUGCCUAUUAUUACCCACAGGUUGCGCCCUCUGCUGCUCAACCUACUACAGCUGCAAAUAAUUCCCCCUACAACAAUCCUGCAACACUCAGCAUGACAGAAAUGGCUAUUGCAGCUUCAUACGGUAUUCCUAAACCCAAGCUGCCAUUUUUCAGUUCCGGACGGGAGAGUGACUUUAUUAUGCUGAAAAAAGGGCUGGAUAGCUUACUUAGUCCACAUCGACACCUAACUGAAGACUAUAAAUAUCAAGUUUUACUUGAUCACCUCAAACUGCCUAGGGCGUAUCAAAUAGCAAAGAGGUACAUCCAUGAUCCUACACCGUACAGUAGUGCAAUGGACGCUCUACAACAACGUUAUGGGCAGCCAAGACAGUUGAUCCAGGGAGAACUAAAAGCCAUAUUGAACUCCCCACCGGUGAAACCUGGAGAUUUCAAGGCUUUUGAGGACUUCUCCUCAGCUGUAAAUACACUGGUGGGAAUGCUAAGUCGCAUGCAUGGUCCCGCUCAGUCUGAGCUGCAGUGCGGUUCCCGCGUUGACACUCUCCUAGCUAAACUGCCUGCUAAGUACAGAGAUAGCUUUGCCUAAUACUGCAUUAAAAGAGGGAUCAUCCGCAGUGGAAGCGACCAAACAUACACACUACCUGACCUCGCUGAAUGGGUCGAUAUGAAGGUUCAGGUGCUCCAGGUGUCACGACGUGCUGCAGACGGCAACUCAGCCGAGUUCAGUCACACUACACAGAAAGAGACUAAAACAGUUAAAUCACAGUGGAGCAAACCAGCUUCAGUCUACUUCAGCAGUGACUCGUCAACAGUCAAGCAACAACAGCCCUCUUCACAGAGACAGCAGACUUACUCCCAACCAGGAUCAAAGAAAGAUCAGCCUACAGGCAAGAAAAGAGAGCGCUUCACGCCGUAUUGUCCAUAUUGCACGACCACCCAGGAUCAUGACCUCAACGGUUGUCCUGAGUUUGAGAAAAUCACUACAGCAGAGAAAGCAGCUUGGAUUAAGGACAAAGGUAAAUGCUGGCGAUGUGGGCGUGGCCACUCACCUGAAAGUUGUACUCUAAAGAGACUGUUCCACGUGCAACAAACAACACCUGCUGAUACUUCAUGACGUCGUGGCUCAAGACCCACAGCUAAACAUCCUCACUGUUAGCACUCCCACCAACGCAGUGUACCUGGAUCAUGCCAGCCACUCAGGGCGUGUUCUUCUGAAGGUGGUACCAGUGCUGCUUCGCCACGGUAAACGAACACUGAACACGUAUGCGGUGUUAGACGACGGCUCCGAGCGCACAGUGAUUCUAGCUGCAGCAGCCAAACAUCUUGGGUUACGUGGAGAAGAGGAGUCUCUCCAGCUAGAGACCAUCAGGCAGGACGUCUUGAAGCUCCAAGGAAUGAUGGUGUCAUUUGAAGUAUCUGCCAACACACAGCCACGCGUCUAUCAACUCAUCAGCCAAGCCUUCACUGCAUCUGAGCUCCAGCUAGCAGAGCAGUCAUGUCCAGGAAACAAUUUGUCAAGAAAAUACAACCACCUGAAAGGGGUUCCUCUACACACGUUCACCAAAGUGCAGCCCAUGGUACUAAUCGGGUCCGACCACCCUCUAAAAAUUUUAAUCGUUUGACAGCCCUAAUUGAAUUGUAUCGAAAAUCGUACCGAAGCGUGACUUAACUGUAUCGUUGCACCCGUUAUACACACACACACACAGUUUUUUUUUUUUUCCCGCAAACAGAGUGGUAUCGGAAUGGUAUCAGUAUUGGCCGAUACUGCACAGCCAGGUAUCGGUAUCGGGCAACACUAAUAGUAUUACCCAGAGCCGCUUUACCGUGUAUCGGAUUAGCUGCCGUAAAGCAAGUGUCGUUAUUGCCGCAAAUGUAAACAAAGCGCUGAAUAAUGGAUACAUGUCAGACAGCGGCUAGUUCGGGUGGCCCGUCAGCGGCGGUGACGUCGUCUGCCCGUCCGGCGUCAAUCAGAGUACGCCACGUUGGGAGGGGAGGCAGCGAGCUGGCGGACGCGGCGGUCAGAUGAUUGACAGUCUCAAAAAAGAUAACAAUUAAACGGCCAGGGCCGUCGCACCACUCAGAAGUGCAGUGAGCAGCGUGGGUAACGGUUAAAUGUUCACACGGAAGAUGGUUGGCCCUCUGGGUGGGGAAAUUAAAUUAAAAAUGAAUAUUUUAUUUAAAAAUUAAAAAAGAAUAUAGAUGGAAGAACUCUUCACUUCGGUGUUGCAACUGUUCAAUUUUUGCACAUCAGAUAUUUAUUUUGAAGAAAAAGUCUUAGCCAAAGUUAUCUUUAUUUUGUUUUUCAAAAUAUCUACAUUUCAGAAUAUUGUACUUUCUAUUUUUGGGCAGAAUUCUAGUUUUGUCAUAGGCUAAUGUUCCGAUUGUCGAAAGCACAAAAGUGUGUAAUAAACAACUAGCACAUUUAUAUUUUGCAUUUUGUUUUCUUACUGUACCGAAAAUGAACCGAACCGUGACCUAAAACCGAGGUUUGUACCGAACCGAGAUUUUUGUGUACCGUUACACCCCUAACAAAUACGCACAAAAAUAUUCAAUUUUGUUGAUGUAAGAGUAAACAUGUUGUGUGUUACCAUAUCCAUAGCCGUCUUGUAUUCUUUCCUUGAAAGGAACUCAAGGAGUUGGUUUGUCUUUUGCUCCAAGGCCAAACGCUCAUUUUCCUUUUGCAGCUCGAGUUGGACAAUGUUGCUUAUAUAUUGUCUAAUUGGGUCCAGGAAACUGAAGAGGAAAAAGAUAGUAGAGGUAAGCUUAUUAUGUCCCAGGUGUAAAUCAGUGAUUUGCUUUCCUAGAAUAACUAAUUGUUGACACAUACAGUAAUUGAAAGUCCCCUGCCACCAUCACCUGUACAAUUUGGUGAAAUCUUUCAAAGGGGGGGGGUGACAUCAAACAUCCAUAGAUUCAUAUUCUGCACUAAUUCUGUUGCCGAAGUGCCAGACGAUGGCAAAACAUCUGUCCAAAUACUACCAUUAGCACAAACACCUGAGAUCAUAACAACCAUUUGGUUUUCAGUUUUGUGUAUAACGAGACUAUGCCAAUGCCAUGGGAGUUGUGUAAAUAUUGUCAUUACAAUGACUGUUGUUUGCAUCCCAGACAAACAUGAUUAAACAUUGCUCAAUGAAAUGAAUAGGUUUUUAAAGAAUGGAUAUGCAGCUUUUUACCUCUCCGUGCGAAGCAAAUUGGUUGAAAUUGUAGAGGCGACUUUAGUCACGUGUACUUGAGUGAACAGGAGUCUGAACUCAGCCUCAAUCUUUGGCCUGAGGAGACCUUCCAGCUUUCGGACCGGCGCGCUCUCAUCUCGUUUACCUACAACGAAAGGGACAACAACUCAAAUGUCUUUCCAUAUCCUCCUGACUACCAGGGAAAAAAAUGUUGUCCAGUCUCAUUUAUUUUGAAAUUCCCCAAUCUAUGUGAAGUAAUUAGAAUGCACAGCACCAUAGUGUCUCAGAGCUGGAUUUGUCUGUUGUUUUCAUUUUUGACAUGGGGGAGUGAAGUCAUCUUUACUGUCACUUGCUGCACGUCCUGCUUGGGCUCGAGCAAUUAAUCCUUCACCAAGGAGCACUUUGAAGUCAAGGAACUUCUGUGGUUUCUCCACCAGACACUCUCAAUCACUCUUAUGCUGAAGCCAUGAGUUGGCAGUUGCCAGGUCAAAAAAGGGGAAAAUGGCACGAUCUGUCCAUUUUCUAGUCUGAGCGGGCAUCCUGUAAAAAAACUACAUUCAAUUGACCAAGUCCACACCAUCCAUGUUGGUGUUUUACUCAGCAAUUGCCAGUGGCCUUGACACUUGGACAAACCUUUUCUAUUUCUUGGACCAUCUUCUGAGUGUGCCCUGAUGUUCAAUCCCAUAAGCAGAUGAUGCCAUGACCACUGGCUUGUUGUCCAACCAUUUUAUGACGGCAAGUUCAGAUGUGCUUUGUCUCACAACCAUCUCUGGUGACCCUUUUUAGUUCUUUUUGAAGAGCUCAUCCCCUCUGAUCUGGCAGUCUUUUGGAACCCUGUUAUUCACGAGAGUUCCAGUCGCUGUCAGUCCUUUUGUCAUCAGGGUGUCAUGGAGGCUGAUUGUUGUAAAAUACCUGUCAAAGGACAGGUGGGUGCCUUGAGAACAGACUAUGUCAAUUGAAGAACAGCUUCUUCCCCAAUGCUCUUUCCUCCUGGAACUGUGAAGGUUGUCUUUCCUUGGUAGACCACAAAAUCCAAAACUAGACCAGUUGGUGCACCAAAGACAAAUAUUUACCUUGAGUCUACUUGGGUUUGGUUUGCCCGGUACAUACUGGCACACUGGGCAUCGAUCAGUCAAAGGAACCAUUUGCUUGUCACAAUUUUCCUGUUCUUGGCAGACUCGGACGUCCUUGCCGUAGUUUGGUCAAGAGGGCCCUGAUUCUCCACAAGACAUCACUUGUUUUUUCUUCAUUUGAAACAUCAAGGUCGUUGAUGGAGUUUCUCAAUUUGUAAAACCGAUUUCUGGUCUGCUCUGCUUCAAUUUCCUCCUAAGAGGUCCCUGAAUCAUCUUCCUCUAUUUCUCCGUCAAAUAGUGGAUAUUCAUCAUCUUCAUCAGAUAACUCAAUGUCUGAGUUUCGCUCAACAAUGAACAGUAAAAUUCGCUCUGCUCCUGAGAAUGACCUUUCUUGUCAUUUGGGAAAGGGUAAAAUGUACAAAAGUACUUCGAAUGUCCGAUACAGAGGACAUUUUUUAACCCUUUAACACCGAACGUGUCGGCAGCGACGCUUUUACGCAUAUCGUCUUUGAAGCUUCGUCACGCUGUAAUUACAUCACCCACGUGCCGCUGGUUGGUCUCGUUUGAAAGUGCGGAAGUUGAUGUCCACACCAGUUUUUAUUUGAAGUCAAUCGGCCAAGAAAAACGGGAGAUAAUGUCAUUUGAAUUUUCUAGUUUUAUUGCACUCAUAAAUAUACAUUAAAACGCUGCAUGGACCAUGUAUCCAUCUCCAUAUUGUCAUCAUUUCUUGUCCUUUUUCAAAAGCGAAAGCUGCACAAAAUGCUAAUCCCAAGAGUCGUUGUGAUGUCAGGAAGGACGAACCGAAUGUGAUCAUUUUUAAUAAAUUUCCGAGCGAGGCGCCAACUAUUGAAAGGGAGGCAUGCGAAGCAAGCAGCGGCCGGUGUCGUGCCGAAAAAUGCACAACACCGGUUGGUUUGAGCGAGCGACUUUGAAACGUGCAGAAUGAAUCUAAAACUACAUUUAGCACAAGCUUAUGCAUUAUUUCAUUAACUCAAGGAAGAAGAUGAGUCGUAUUUGUUGUUGUUUUCCUCUGAUGAAUCGGCGUCUUGGCGAGUAGAAGUGACAGUAGAGCGCAAACGGCGAAAGAGUAGGCUGUGUGUGUGACGUUGUGUGUGACGCAGCUCCGUGACCUGUUCAAGAAGAAGCUUUAUUGAGUGCGCAAAAAAACAAAACAAAAAAAAACAACUUUAUUGGGUCGCGUGCCUGAAAAAUCCAAGAAAUUGAACUACUUGUCAAAUAUUUUUUAAAAUACUUUUUUUCAAUGUUAUGUAUUUUUUUCUUCACUGUAUUCUUUUCAAUUUUUAUGUAGAUGUGUGCGCGAGAAGCUUGAUUGCAUGUACAUAUAUACUUUUGAUAAGGUUUGGAAACUAACUUCACAAAGAGAUAUCUUCCAAACCCUUUUUGUGUUAGAUGAUAUAUACACAUUUUUUUCUCACUAUUUUGCACACUAUAUAGCCUGGUUUGACCAUAGUAUGUGUAAAGGCCAAAAACGCCUAUGACCAUACCUGCUGCUUGUGUUGAAUUGUCAAACAUAAAACUAUUCAAUCUUAUUUUUUUCUAUUGAAUGUUUAUCCUAACAAGUUGAAUAAAUAUUAUCAAGCUUCAAAACGGUUGGUCGAGCAUGUUUGGUUGUCAAUGGGACGUCAACUUUACAAAUUUUGAAAAAAGAUUUUGGGAUUUUUUUGUCUUUUUGGGUCCAAAAUGUGGAUUAUAAUUGGUCAGUGAAGAAAACAACAGUUUAGACAUGAAGUUCAAGGUGUCCCGAAAAAAGGGAUCCAAUUUGGCCAUUGUAAACAUUUUUUUCUUUGAAAUAUAAAGGCAACAUCAAAUGCAUGCAAAUUCGGCCAAAAUAGGCUUAGGUGUUAAAGGGUUAAACACUUGAAUACUCUGCUAAAAUACACUUAAAAUAUCUCAAACAACACUUAAAUGUGUUCUUAAGAGUCUUCUAGACAAAACGCCAACAACAUUUCAAGACAAAAUGUGUUCGAUGAAAAGUAUUAAACACUUUUCCUCUUCCCAUAAAAUGUGCUUGCAUUGACGGAAGCCAUUUUCUUCCAUGGUAAAGUAAAGGUUAACAAAACCCCACCCCUACACAUUUGGUAUCCUUGGAAAGCUCUGGAUGUCCUCUAUAGAGCACGAAAGGAAUGAAUUCAAUUGGAUGCAGUGGGUGGGAGAUAUUUAGGUUUAUAAAUGUCCUGUACAGAGGACAAAUUUGUACUACUGGUAGUCAGGAGGAUAUAUGAGCGAAUGCAAGAAAGUAGAAUGUAUAAUGGAUCUUUGAUGCCCAUUUUGCAAGAAUGUGUUUUUUGAGCUAUUAUAGCUGGUUCUUCCUGCCUGCCUCUGAAAAAGUGGACCCUCGCCCAUACUUGCCCAACUGGUCCCAAUGUAAAUACCAGACAUAUGGAUAUAAAUAGGGUUGGGCAUCGAGCAUCGAUGGGAACCGGUUCUAUCACUCCGGUGCUCCCGGAAUCGUUCGAAUUUUAAAAUUUCGAUUCCAUGUCUCGAUGCCCUGACCGCCGAGCGAGAAAAAAACCCUAACGCCUCGAGUAUUCGAUUAGAAAAAAAUAUUCGAAUAAAAUUUUGUUGCCUGGAGUUAUUCGUUUAAUUCAAGUGGCGUUGUAAUGUGUGAUUUUGAAAGUGUUGACGUUUAGUUUAUUGAUUAGGGUGGAUACAUUGCCCUCUGAUCUGCCUCAUUUCACAUGGCUGAAUACAACUGCUCCCUGUUAAGACCAACUUAAGCAAAGUUUUUCUUUGGGCUAAUGCUUUUUAAUGCAUUCGUAAUUUUGUUUAUAUGUUUUCUGAGCCAUUUUCUGUGGGAAUACGAGUCUGAACUAGAGAUGUCCCGAUCCGAUAAAAAAAUGCGGUCCGGUAUCGGAUCGGCCGACACGGAAAAAUUCCGAUCCAGACUUCCGAUUAGAGCAGGGCGGUAAACCGAAAAUUUACCGGUACCAAAAUUCUUUUCGCUGACCGACAUCAUUUUGACCAUGACGGUAAAUUCGGUAAUUUAAUAAAAGAAGAAAAUAUAGUCUUUUCAUCCCGCUUUGACUUUGUGUUGUUCGGCUACGUUCAUUCCCCUUUAAGAAAGCAGACAGUGUGCUUACGUAUGGAGUCACGUGGUUAUCAGGAAGCAAAACAAACGAGCCUGGUAGGCUAACGCUAGCAGCUAACGCUACAAGCAAACGUGAUGGAGUGUUGCUUAAGGGAAGUUCGCCAAACAUUUACCCGACAUUAAAUAGACUCUUGGCGGCACCCAGAAGGGCUUUCACCCGCUGUCCUCCCUUGUUCUCACGAUUUCCAGAGAGGAUGCUUUCAAUGCUUUCUACUGGUAGCCAAGCCACAAGCUAACGCGAGUGGCUAACGCUAGCGGUUAACGCUACAAAUGAACGUGAUGGAUUCGGAUAGCGGCUCUAAACUUGUCGAAACAGCUGAACUUAAUGAGUGGAUUGGUCUCGGACUGCAUCUGGCAAUUAGUAUAUCACGUUAUUGUGUAUCUCUGCCUGUGUGUGAUUUCUCUGAUAGCUUUUGUGAUGGUAAAGCAUUCGGCAUAAAGUACAAUCUAACAGUGAAAAUUAUAACUUUUUAAUGGCCCCAGCCCCAUUUUUCUGUAUGUGCUUAAUUCUGUGUCAUUAGAUCAAUGCAGCUUUAAUGUGUGUGUGUGUGUAUGUAUUAAAAAAUGCACUGGGGAAAAAAAAAAUGAAACCUUGCAGUAAACACUUGUGUUGAGUAAUUAUGUCACAGCAGCCAUUAACAAAAAGUUGUCUUUUUGAAGUGUACUGUUCAAGCUGUAAGUAAUUUGUGUUACAAUGACAUGUUUGCACAGGCAUAUUGAUUUUGACAAUGUACAUUGUUCAAGCCAUAUAAGCUGUUUUAAAUGUUUGUACUUGAAUUCUUAUUGUUUACAAUAAAUUUUUGUAUACUUAAUGUUUUGACUGCAUGUACAAUUGUUAAAUAUAUUAAAUUGAAAACUGGUAAAUAAAUCAACA